GUAUGAUAAAAAGGAUUGAUAUAUUUAAGCAGAGAAGUUUGAGAUGAAUCCAAAUGCCAAUAUGUACAAAAUGCAUUCAUCCCACCCUGUGUCUCACCGUGGACAGAACGCGGACGGUUACCCACAGGGACCACACGAUGGCCACCAGGGACACCGCGGCAAUGGGCACAGCUCAGGAUACAGAUCGCGAGGCGGAGGCUAUUCAGGUGGGCGGGGUAAUCACGGCGGUGAUAGAGGAGGAAUGUCUAACGGAUUCGGAGGUAGAGGCCGGGGCAGUUACGGAGGAAACAGAGGGGGAUAUCAGGGCUGCCACGGAUGUGAUAACUGCAGGGGAGACAACUGCAGUUCCUACAGCAAUGGCUACCAGAAACGAGGGGGUGGAGGCCAGCCCAGAGGAGGCUCAAGGGGAGCAGGACGUGGCAGUCCAAAAGGAGGAGGGUUCAACAACAAGGGUGGAAGUGCUGGUGGUGCACGUGGGGGAAAUCCUGGAGGAUUCGGAAAACCCCAACCUCACCAGCAGGCAGCAUAAAGACAAUAGACGAAAAGAAGUGCUUGAACAUUUGUCAGAGCUCUUAAAAAGUUUUAUGAUUUGUGGAUAAUUUAAGUUUUAUUUCACAACUUGAUAUUUUAGCUCACCUGAGCUGAAAGCUCAAAUGAACUAUUGUGAUCUUUCUUUUUUUUUGUCCGGCGUCCGUCUGUAUCUUUGUCGUUUUGUCUGUCCGCCUGUCUGUAAGCUUUUUACAUUUUUGACUUCUUCUCAAGAACCAGUAGUCCAAUUUGAACCAAACUAGGCACAAAGCAUCCUUAGAUGAAGGUUAAAAUGAAGGGACACGCCCUUUUUUUAAGGGAGAUAAUUAAGAAUUGUUUAAAACUUGUUGGUAUCUUUCAAAAAUCUUCUUCUCAAAAACCAAUCGGCCAGAAAAGCUUUGUUCAAAUCAUGCACCCUGAGGGUAGGUUGUAGUAACAAUAGGGGUCGAUUUUUUACAUGUGAAUAUAUAGAGAUUGUAUUUAAAAAUCUUCUGAAAAACCAAAUAGCCAGAAAACUUGCUUGUGUGGAAUCGAGUUUGUUCAAAUCAUGAUCCUCGAGGGUAGGGUGCGGCCUCAAUAAGGGGUGGAACUUUUACAUAGGAAUAUAUAGAGAAAUAUUUUUAAAAGUCUCUUUCUGAUAAACCAAUUGGUAAAAAAAAAACUGUAACUUGUGCGGAAGCAUCCUCAGGUAGGGUAGAUACAGGUUUGUUCAAUCAUUAUCCCAGAGGUAAUGUACAACACAGUGAUCGAGUUUAUAGAAUAGGAAAUUACAGAGAAACACUUUUUAAAAUCUUCUUCUCAAUAACCUCAGAAAAACUGUAAGUUGUGUGGAGGCAUCCCCUGGUAGGAUAGAGUUUAUUUUUUAAAUCAUGAUCCUCGGGAAAGGGUAGGACUCGAUGGGGGUUCAAAUGUUUACAUGGGAAUAUAUAGAAAAGCUAUUUUAAAAGUAUUCUUCUAAAAAAACUACUGGCGUGAAAAUCUGUAACUUGUGAGGAAGCAUUUACAGAUAGGGUAGAUUCAUGUUUCUUCAAAUCAUGAUCCCCGGGGGUAGGAUGAGGAGACCAUGUGGGAAGGGGCGAUUUAUACAUAGGAUAAAAUGAAAUUAUUCUUGUGAAUUUAAAUGUAAAAGUACAUGGAUUUAGUAGUAUGCGAUUAUCUUGACACAAUAAUGAUUCUCAAUUGCUUAGAACCUGGACAGCUUGAUGUAGGUCUAAUUCUUAUUAUGUGAUAUGACUUUAAAAACAUCCUGUUCACAGGUGGCUUAAUGUUCAGCAUAAGAACAUCUGACGAAAAAUUGAAAAUCUUUUUUUUAUACAGGAUCAAUUCUAUUACAUUGUCCAAGUUUUUUGUAUGUCUCCAUAAAUUUGAUUACAUUGCGGCUAUUGUUGCAUGUGUGAGCGAUGUGGCCCAUUGACAUCUUUUUUGAGGUGGUUUUACCUUGUAUUUUCUUAUGAACAGUGUUUCAAUAAAUCCACCCGUUUUAUUUUUCA